ACCAAGGUUUAAUAGUUUGGCACUUUUUGCCAGACAUUGUUAUAUUUUAUAAAAUACAGUUAAAAUAGAGUGAAAAUGGUGCGAAAAGUGAAUCUUGCUGUUACCUCACUCAAUCAGUGGUCAAUGGAUUUUAGUGGCAAUUGUGAACGAAUUAAGCAAAGUAUUAGAAGAUGUUUCGAGAUGGGUGCUUCUUAUAGACUUGGAUCUGAACUGGAGGUUUCUGGAUAUGGAUGUGAAGAUCAUUUUUAUGAAAACGAUACUGUUCAACAUUCCUGGGAAGUGUUAGCUGAACUUCUUGCAAUGAAUGAAGCCAAGACAAUGAUAUGUGAUGUAGGAAUGCCAAUUAUUCAUAAAACUGUUCGUUACAAUUGUCGAGUGAUCUUCCUACACAAACAAAUUGUUUUGAUUCGCCCUAAACUUGUAUGUUGUAACGAGGGCAACUUUCGUGAACUACGUUGGUUUGUUCCCUGGUUGAAAAGAAAACAGAUUGAUGAUUUCGUUCUCCCAGAUUUUAUUCAGGAAAUUACUGGCCAGAAAACUGUUCCAAUUGGAGAUGCAGUGAUCCAGACAAAGGACACCUGCAUUGGUAGUGAAGUGUGUGAGGAGAUGUUCACACUUGAGACUUCACAUUGCCUGCAAGCAAUGGACGGAGUGGAAAUUUUUACAAAUGGCAGCGGAAGUCAUUUUAACUUAAGAAAAAGUCAACGCAGAUGGAAAUUCGCAAGUUCAGCUUGUUUGCGAGCUGGUGGUGUUUACAUGUUAUCCAACCAAGUUGGUUGUGAUGGUGGUCGCUUGUAUUAUGAUGGAGCUUCAUUGAUUGGUUUGAAUGGUGAACUACUCACUCUGGGUUCUCAGUUUAGUUUCGAUGAUGUCAAUGUAACCAUGGCAACUGUGGAUCUGGAUGAUGUGACAUCAUACAGGUGUGGCAUUUCUAGCAAUAGUAUAUCAUCCAGUAUGGCUACCACAAUAUACCCACGUGUCUCGUUGAGUGAAUUUUCCCUCUCUGUCACCUCUUGUGACCCAAUGUUACCCUUGAGCCCCGUCAUUCCAUGGAAAUCUUAUAAACCUGAAGAAGAGAUAUCUAUGGCAGGUGCGGGGUGGUUGUGGGAUUAUUUACGACGAAGUGGACAAUCAGGUUUAUUCCUCCCAUUAAGUGGUGGUGUUGACAGUUCUUCUGUUGCAUGCAUCGUAUUUUCAAUGUGCUCCAGGGUAUAUGAUGAAAUUGAAAGUGGUAACAAUCAGGUUAUUUGUGAUGUAAGAAAGGUUGUAAAUGAUGAAUCUUUCAUUGUGACAUCACCAGAGCAGCUUUGUAACAAAAUAUUAACAACUUGUUACAUGGCGAGUGAAAAUUCAUCAGUCGUGACACGGCAGCGGUCAGCUAGCCUUGCCACCCGAAUCAAUUCUAACCACAUGAAUAUCAACAUUGACGGCGUCGUGCACGCUGUGCUAAUGGUGUUUACUGCGGCGACCGGGUUCAUACCAAGGUUCAAGGCACGAGACGGUAGCAUUCGUGAAAAUCUUGCAUUGCAGAAUAUACAAGCCAGAUCCAGGAUGGUCCUUGCUUACUUAUUUGCCCAGCUUAUGCAGUGGGUAAGAGGCAACCCUGGUGGCUUGUUGGUGUUGGGGUCUUCUAAUGUGGAUGAGAGCUUGAGGGGUUAUUAUACAAAAUACGAUUGUUCGAGUGCUGACCUCAAUCCAAUUGGUGGAAUAAGUAAAACUGAUCUUCGUUCUUUCAUCGUUUACUUCAGUGAUAAAUAUAAUGUUCCUGAGAUCAAAGAAAUAGUGGAGGCCACACCUACUGCUGAACUUGAACCUUUAGAACAAGGUAAAAUAGCACAAACAGACGAGGCAGACAUGGGAAUGACCUACGAUGAGCUUUCUACCUUUGGAAAACUUCGUAAAAUCUCAAUGUGUGGUCCAUACUCAAUGUUUAUGAAGCUUGUAACAUUGUGGAAGGAUAAAUGUACUCCAUCACAGGUGGCUGAAAAGGUGAAACAUUUCUUUGUGACAAAUUCAAUUAACCGGCAUAAGAUGACAANCCUCACUCCUUCUAUGCAUGCUGAGAAUUACAGCCCUGAUGACAAUAGGUUUGACCUUCGACCUUUUCUAUACAACGCCAAGUGGCCCUGGCAGUUCAGAAAAAUUGAUGAUGUCGCACAAAAAAUGGAAUCUAAAGUUUAAAACUAAGUUGUGUUCAAAUUAAUGAAUACCACUGUAGGUUGUUUUUACUAAAGUGUAUUCCUCAGUUGUUAUCAACCUUUUUUAUUAAUUAUUGGUGUUGAAACUAUAUUUAGGAUACAGAAUACCUUCGAAUCAGAUAUUAGCAAUUUUGUUUUUCACUUGCCCGUUUUUUAGGCUUGACAGGCACUUAGUAUGAAGCUCAGUUCUAGUUUAGAAUUCUGAGCUACUGUUUUUAUUUUAAAUAUGGUGGUCCAAAAAACUUUACGUAGUGCUUACACCUGAGAUAAUCUAUUAUAAAUUAGUGAGUAAUAGUAAGUAAGGUAUGGCUUAAAACUAUUGUGUUAUAUUAAUAAUAUUAAUGUUUUCCUUAUUCUUUCGUAUGAAGGUAGUUGUUAUCGCUACAUAGAUAUGCAGAAAUGUUAAUGUCCAUAUACUAUUAAAGUGUCUUUUUUAUACGUCUUAAUUAUAAUAUAGUAAAAAAUUCACCUAUAAAAUAAAUCAAUUUUGUUUGUCUUGUGCAACAGUUAACUAGAAAUAAAACAUAAAACAAUUUAUAAUAAAGGAGCAUCAUAUGCAACUGACAUUUCUAUAAAAGUGUGGUUUAUAGUUUGGCUGUAUUGCGUUGUUUCAAAACU